CGAUAAGUCUGUCCAGCUGGAUAUGUAUUGAGCUGUUGAGUGGCAAAAAAUUCGACCUUUCGCACUCACUUUCUGCCACUUCACGCUCAAGAACGCGUUUCUUUCGCAGUUUUAGAAGUUUUCCGAGUUUUCACAGUGAAAAAUGUCAUCAAAUCUGAAAUUUUACUCUAAUCUCAUGUCACAGCCAUGUAGAUCGCUGUACAUUGUGAUGAAUCUGGCCAAAAUUCCCUUCGAAACGGUGACAAUCGCUCUCAGAGAAGGUGAUCACGCCACAGAGUCCUUCGCCAGGGAAGUGAACAACCUCAAGACAAUCCCCAGCAUCAAUGACGCAGGCUUCAAACUGGGCGAGAGCAUCGCAAUUCUCAGAUACUUGGCCACCAAGAGUAGCCUCAUAGUCAGAUGGUAUCCGACCGGAGCCAGGAUGCGUGCUCGCGUGGAUGAGUAUCUAGAGUGGCACCAUCUCAACGUCCGGGCGCCCUGCUCAGGCUACUUCGUCGAGAGUUGGCUGAAGCCACGCCAAACCAAGCAACCGCCCAAUGAUCAGGUCCUGGAGAAACGCCACUCUCAGGUCAACAAGACUUUGGAUUGCCUGGAGAACGUCUGGUUAGCCGAAGGAGAUUUUCUAGUCGGUACAGAUGUCUCAGCUGCGGAUAUCUGGGCCAUAUGCGAACUGGAACAACUCACUCUGAUUCCUUUUGACCCAACCGAAGGACGCCCGAAGCUGAGAGCCUGGAUGCAGAGAGUCAGGAAGGCCACAAAUCCCUUUUAUGACGACGCCCACGAGACUCUUUGGAAUAUCAGGAAGAAAUCAAUGCAAAAUGCUCAAAGAUCGCCUAAAUUGUAGAGAAGAUCCAUCUAAAGGGGCAUUCAUAGAGCGUUUCUGAGGACUUUUUUGAUUUUUGUACAGAUAACUUCUUCUGACAUAUGUUUUCACUGUGACUUCUUAAAAUAAGAGCUUCGAAGAGCACGAAAAUUGUAAAUUUGUGUAAGGAUAAUUCUAAUCACUUAAGUAUGUACACUCAGAAACGACGAUUUCUCUCAGAAACACAAAUUUUCUAGUCAACAGCACAAUCAGGCUGAUGAAUUCCCCUAAUGUAUACGAUAUCUUAUCAACCAAUGGCUGAUUGAUUGCUCGCAAUCUUACCAGCGAACACGAAAUAUUGCCAAUUAGAAUUACAGUCUUUUCAGUGGUCAGUUGAAGACGAAACGGUGAGGUUGACAAACGAUAUUCCCGUGCCUUCCGGAAGCAUAUUUUGUACUCUGGUGAUUUGUUAAUAAACGAAUUUGUUCUUAUCAAAACCGCAAUCAAUGCUGCUGCAGAGAUAAACCCGAAAUAGAGAUCAAAAAUGGAUAAAGGACUCUUCUGGUUGCUCGUGCUGCUCAUUGUAACGCUAAUCUACUCUUCAGAAGCACGUAAGUGUCUCG